UAGGGACGCUUUCGUCGCCAUGUUGCUAGGCAAAGAAAUUUGCGAACUGCGAAAAAAAUAUGGGACCGAAAUUAGAUCCUACAUGUUAGAGCAGAGUGCAAGAGUGAAAAAUGGGCAAUGCUAAUUUCAUCCAUCAAAGGCAACGUUGGAGCUAGAAUUAAUAUUGCAUGAACUGAGGCGUUCGUGUGACCUUGAUUACGCGUUGCUAGGACGCUGCCGGAGCAGACGACGUGCAGUCGUGUUCACGGAGUUCGCGAUGGAAGAUUUCGGCGGUCUUUUCGAGUACCAUGGCACGGACCUUUUACAGGAAGCCAGCUUCGAACGACAAAACAAGGCGAAGGCGGCAUAUCUGUUCAGCUACGUCGACAGUCCCCCUGCCUACCUUCCACUGAAAAGAGACUCGCUUCCUGUUGAUGGCACCAUCAAAAUCUUUCCUCCCGACAACGAGUUCUUGCGGGAAGCUGCCCAGUUCGCGACCGAAUUCCUCGCCGACUGGCCAUGUCCCGAGGAGUUCUCGAGGCCACCCGUAGCGGCCAACAGCCUUUGCUUCCGAGAGGACCACGAACAGCCGCCGUGGCGCGAGGGUGCCUUCCGGGUCGGCGAACUCUGCGGCGACGACGACGUCGCUGGCACUGACCUGCGGAAAGAACAGCACGACCUCAUCGACGGGCUGGUGGCGGGCGGCGACGCGCUCGUGCGGGAGCCCCCGCUCUUCUGGCGCGCCCGGCGGCCGGACGACGCGGACGCGCCGAAGAUGCUGGCGCAGUGCCUGGCCAAGUGCGAGGUCGAGUGCCUCGGCGAGUUCCUCACGGCGGACGACCGCCCGCUGGACGACGCCGAGCUGAUCAGGAAGAACGUCUUCGUCGCAGAGGAUGAGAACAUUGGAACGGGAGCCACAUUGGGAGAAGACCCAUCGCUGCCCUGGCUCGGCGAGGGAGAAGUGUCCGAGUCCGACGCCACGUUGGAGGAACAGGUCUCGAAAGCACUGGACGCCGUCAUCGAAGAGAGCAAGAUGAUUUCGUCUCAAGAGAAGCCGCGCGAGUCACAAAGUGCGAACGCCUUUGCAGACCCUGCGACCCGUCAACCGUCUGUCGUCGAACAGAUACAGUGUCAGACGCUAUUGACCUUUGCAGAACGUGUUGGCGAGCCAGGGGACAGUGACGAUGACACAUGUCCUAGCCUUGGACACCCUGCGAAAGUGGUGACACAGAGAAACGGGCAACUCUGCCAAAACCAAGGGACCGCAGCGAAUAGUUCCGAGUUCACCCAUCGCGAAAAAGAUACGCUGUCCACGCCGUCGACGUUCGGCACGACGGCGGAGCACUGCAGUGUCCUGUCAAACGCAGGGCUCAAUGCCAGCGGGACCAUUCUCUCUGAGCGCGAAAUCGACUCGGGGAUUGAAGGCGCUCGCUUGGUAAAUUCUUCGAAGGCUCUCCGUAAACUUGCGGGAAGCGAGAAGGGGUCAGAGAAUCUGAGCCAGCCUGCGGAGAGCGUUGCCGAAUGCGAGAAGCUCGGCGGUGACUGCACAGAGGACACUGAAGCUACCAGCAUACCUUGUCCGGCCACCAAAGUCAAAGAAAACGUUAACGAAUCAGCAUUCUCUGAUGAAGUGUUAAACAUCACAGAGAGGCCGAUCGAGGCUCUAAGUGAACGGGAACACUCGUCACAUGUACAGCGUUUGUCGAUAAUGGCAGUGACUUGCAUGGACAAGAAGGAUAACGUUGCCGUAGUUGCUCCGCGCACGGUUAACCAGGUACACUUGGAUGUGCCGUUUGCAACAAAAAACGCAGGAAACGUUGUGAUGGAACCGGAAGUGGUAGAAUUCAGUGGCAUCUUUGAAUGUGACUGGGAUGAUGCUUUACCGGAGUCAUCAGAGCCUGAUAUAACAUUCGGCUCCUCGACCGCCGUCGAGUUUGAACCAUCGCCUUACAUUGUCGACAAUUUCGCCAGCAAUGCUAAGUCGGUGCAAACAAUCGGCUGCAACCAGCAGAAACAAGAGCGUCACACAGAAGGCACUCCAAUACGUUAUAGUAUUACUUCUCAUUCGAAGCGAUCAGUGGUGCCAUUCGAACGGGGUGUAUCAUCAACGCCGUUAUCAGGAGGCAUUGACAAAGCAACACACGUUAACAAGGAGCUGGCACAUUGCUCAAGAGCAUACAGCAUUGAACGAGGCGUCAAGACGUCCUUUGUUUCCAGUAAUUCUCCCCAAAUGCACACUCGGGUGACGCCCUUUGGCUCCAGCGCCGUCUUUCCAGCUGCAAGAACUCCUUCCUUGGAAGAAGAGAACGAAAAAGCGGGUACAAAGUCCCGAGCCAAAAGGUGCUGCGAACCGGAGCAGGACGCGCUUGCAGAAGGUUGGAGUACUGAAAUUUUUGAAGGUAUGCCUGACAAAGUUACUGCCACCGAAUCGACCGCAGGUAGGUGGGAUACAACGGGCAACAGUGCCUUCGGUUCGCCGGUGCUGGAUUGUCCAAUAAUCGAUGAAGAACGGAUUACGCUGCAACCAUUCGCGGAUGACCAGACAGUAGAUAGUUCAUUGAUUUCAAAUACUGGCCACAAGGUGAGACUAAGAGAACAAACAGAAUCACCCAGCAAGUGCUUCUCCGCAAAAAACUCCGGGUAUACUUACGCCAAAGUUCCGGGAGACCUUUCAGAAGAGGUGUCACCACGCCGUAAAGUUAGACUAGAAAGGCUCAAGGAAAACAUGAGCACCACAAAACUUGGAGCUCGCCGAAAGAUAAGCGAUUGGUAUAAACCACUGAGCGGCGACACCAAGAAGCAAACUGGCAUAGGAGAAAACGGGAGAAGCAGCGAAUUUGCUAGAGAGAAACAACAAAGGAACACUCGCAUGCUCGACUCGUCGGGGAUAUUCCGAAACAAACGCAAGAGGAAGCCGCUGUGCGAUCAGUCCAAUCGCAUCACGCGGUACUUCCCCGCCAGAAAGUGCUCCGCGACAGUGCCGCUAGCGCUAUGUGGGGACAAGACGUUGAACGCAGGCGCUCACCACCUGCCCGACCUGACAAAGUUUAGGUACAAUCGCGUGGAUGCUCGUUCCAGGACACCUGUCAAUGGGAGUACCUCUGCGUAUAGUACGCUGAACGAGGCAGAAGAUCAUUAUGGUUGUAACGCCGACUUGCCGCCCAACAACACUUCUUUUGGACACAAUUUGUCAGAAAGCUCUGACAUGUCCGAUUCAGCAGACGCUGGCACUGCAUAUGUGUGGGCAGCUCGCAAUAAUAGCGUAUCUGGGUCCUUGGUUGCCACAAGCAAUAUGCAAUACGCAGGCUGGCAAAACAAGCCGUCGCUACUCGGUGUCAUCAAGCAUCCAGCACGUUGGGAAAAUGACCCUCGGAAAGUACCUGGUAGGGUGGGGGUUGGUCAACUCACAGCCGAUACCGAUGGUGGUGUAGUGAAAAACCUCAGUCGUUCCAAUGACUUCAAAGACGACUGUCCUGAAAUCCAUGCUGGAAUCGCUGCCAACUGCUCCGAAACGUCCCCUGGCAGUCAAAUGCCACACGUCAGGACAAGUGAUGUUUCACGCUCGCGAAUGCCUGGAGCAAAGCGUAAUAUGACUGAAGAUGUUCGGGAUGUUUCGCCCCCUCUUGAAGUAGCUUCGAACGCUCAAUUUUCUCGCGAAUGGGAACUCGGCCCUUUUAACGGGAAACAAGGCAGUGAUCAUAUUUUAGGAUUUCCAUGGGGCUUCGCAGGUUCGCGGUCCACGGACAAUGCAGAAUUCAGCUUUGAGCAGAGACCCCAAGAACACAUUAGCAGAGAAAUACCAUGCACAAAUGCCGAAACAGGUUAUCACUGUGGUGUUUGUCAUGCUAACGGGGAAGUCAGCGACUCCGGUGUUCUGCCCUGUGAAUCAUCGAACGGCUUUUACGAAGCUAUUACAUUCAACGGCGUCGGCAUGCUCGCAGCAGCGGAACAGCGAAACGCGCAAACACAGGCGUUUGAAGACUCACAAGACCACGCUUAUCGUGAUGUCCUCGAGAACCAACGUGGCAUCUCCACGACAGGAGAACGGGAACAUGAUUUGCGUAAAGGGAGAGAUGUUUUCCACGACGCCUCGCGGCUUCUCGGCAGGGAACAUCAGAAUAGACCCUGUGAAGAUGACGCAGUCGCCAGCUGUUCCAACGAGCAAUUCUCCUUUGACAGAGCUGGCGAAUACGACGCGGACGGGCGGGUGGCAUACGCCGAAGGAGGAAUAGCAACGUGCCGCGACGACUCUUGGGACAGGCGUGACGGUGCGACAGUGCAAGCUACCGAGGAAGAUGAGCGGCGCGUGCUGCAAAUAAUUCAAGAUACACUGCGAGGACCGGUCCUUCAGACACUAGGAAGGUCUUCUGCUUCGCAGAAAGCGCACGUCGCCCUCAAUCCUAAGCGCACGGCAACUCCUGUGAGCGUUCCUGCGAGGCAGCAUGCGGCAGUGGCGGAGGCAUCCAGCUCGACGAAUAUUGGCGCCCAACGCACACGGUGGUUGCAAGGUGCCGCCACUGUGGCGCAGAUCACCGCGGAAGACCCCGCCAGAAGCGCUGAGAAUGGAGAGUCCCGCAAAUCUGCACUCCGUUGGCCGGGCCACCUCAACGUGCGCAACCUCGCCGCGAAACUGGUGAUGCCGCAGCAAGAGCGGAAACAGGUGGACAGGACAGCGAUUGAGCAACUGCUUAAGCCACCAAAGAGCAACAACCCGCUAGCCAACAGUUUCAUGACCAUCAGGGGCGUGAAGAUCCUAGGUCCGAAUGAUGCCGCGAAACCCCCUAAGUGACGCUAUUAUCGUCAUCACGCCCUCACGGGAGAAUGCUGUUCUGUCACAGAGUGAAUGCCCGCUUCCGCAGGUGCAAUCCUGAUCUGUGCUGCGUGUCCGUGUACACAGCUAGGUGUGGUGUUCCAGAUACUGCGACCCGGGCUCGUUUGAGAGUGCCACAUUCCGGAAACUCUUAACACAUUUGUGCCCGUCAUAGAAGCGAAGCGAACAAGGCCGUAUUCUGCACUUCCGGGGCGGUGAAAUAUCCGAAAAGACUACGCUCGUCUGCAGGGACAUGCUCUGUGUUUUGUUUUGAGUCAUUGUAGGCAGACAGCUUGCGAGCAAUGUCGCGAUGACGGUGAAGUGACCGCAUUUCCGAUUUCUUGAAGAGCGCAGUCACCUUCCUUUGCUACCCUGUGUUCGUUUGUAUUCACUGUUGACGCGCUUAAGCCAAGAGGGAAGACCAUAAAUCUCUGUACAAGAUAUUUGCAGGGCCGCAGGUAAGCUAACUUGCGCGGGCACAAAUAUUUCAUACACGGUGUUUCUUACACACCGUGUCGCAGCUAAUGCGGGCUAAGCUGAUUAAAAAAAGAGCGCUACAAUAUAUGACGAUGGUGCCAAAAGUGCUCUGUCAGCGAUAGCUUUGCUCCCGCUGGUGCAUUUUUCUGAUAGUAUUGAUUACCUAAUGAGUCAAAAUUAAAGGCCAAGUUAAAGUUGCUUGCAGGAUUGCGUAAGCUCGAAUGUGAAAUGGUGCAUCGCACAUGAAAACAGCAUAUUCAACAGCUUCCGAAUCACUACGUUUUCCGCAGUUAUAUUUCUCGCGGCUCAAUGUCGUGGCGCAAAACACGGACAAGAAUGCGAAGUGAAGGCGGGCAAAUGAAUGAGCACGGCUCGAUGGCUGACUUGGUGACCGCGAAAAAGUGACGAGGUGGUGGCGUAGCUGUUGGCUGCUUCUACGAGCAAGCAGUUGGGUCACGAUGUUUGCUGGAGCACUGCGCACUGGCUUAGGGCGGCGAUACGACUAAAACAGUGCAAAAAAUAAAAGAAAAAUAAAAGCAAGCCAGACAUGGUUGCGUGCUAGAAAGCACUAUGUCACCGUUUAGUUUUCUUGCGGUCACACAGUCAGACAUGGAGUCUUUGAAACCCUUUGCGAAAGCGUCGUUCUCUCGCAUGCGACCCGCGCGGGCCCUUCGUCACUUCGCAUUCUAUUUCGCGUUUAACGCCGCAACGUCAAAACGCGGAAAAAAUAACUGGGGCAAAUGUAGCGAUUUGGAAACGGUUGAGCACACGUUUUCCAAUGCGACGCACCGUUUGACACUCCAGCUAAUGCAAAUACGCGAGUGAUGCUUAAUUUAGGCAACUAGAUUUGAGUAAUUACCCUAUGAACAAUAACAGAAAAAUUUGCCAGCGUGCGCAAUGCGACUGCUCACAAAACACCAUUGGUCCCAUCGCUGUUUCUCUUAGCCCCGAUUAAAUUAAAAAAAAAACUUGGUCCACGUUAGCUGGGACACUCGGUAUAUCGUUGUUAUUCAGCGCGCGUGCUAUGUUACAUGUUGACAGGUUCUGUUACGGUCUAUUACAUUUAUGCUUAUUUUCAAUGCAGCUAAGCUUUGCUGUCGUCUUCACAAAAAUAAACAUUACAAGUUUU